AUGCCAGUCAAGAAGUACUCCGAGCAGCACGCCAUGCGGAACCUGACCAGGUCAGGACCUUGGGAAGAUGUGGAGAGGAGGAGGAGGAGGAGUGCAAUCCCUAUGCCGUAUGUUGCAGUUCAUGUCCAUGACAAUCAAAAGUCGUCAAGGUCAAGAUACCUUGGCGGCAUCGUGGCUGCCUUUUGCAUUACAGCUACUCUUGUGCUUGUUCUCCAUGUGAACGUCGACGACAAUACAGCCGCUAGGCCUCCCUCCAAGUCAAUCAGUGAGGCCAUUUCCAAGCUUGACAUUCAGCGCAAGAUUUCAAGUCAGGAGCUCCACAACAUUUAUGACCCUCAGUUCUCCGAGGACGGUGUUCCUGAGAGCGAAACUGGAGUCUUCACAGGCCACUCUAAGGGGUCUAAGAACGCUCCCCUUACCUUCGGCAAGGGAACGUACUUCAACGUAUUUGACCCGAACCCGUCGGAGAUCGGCCCAUGUGCUCCUGGAACGCACGGCAAGGACGGCAAGUGUGCUGAGUGCGAGCGAGGCAAGUGGUGCCCCGGCAACGACUUGGACGACAUUGUCAACGACUGCCCUGCUCACGCCUCCUCCCUCCCGGGCUCCGAUGCCUUCAAUGACUGCACCUGCGUUCCCGGUUGGUUUGGUAAGGCCCACUACAACCAGGACAAGAGCUGCAAGCAGUGCCCUGCUAACAUGUACUGCCCGGGCGGAGAAAACUCCUUCCCUUGCCCGCAGUUCUCCAGCAGCGAUCCAGAAGCCUCUCAGUGCUUGUGCAAUGCUGCCUAUCACGGAACCUCGCACAGCGACUGUGCUCUCUGCCCUGCGGAUAAGUACUGCAGCGGCAAGAACGAGAUCGGGGACUGCCCUGCCUACUCGUCGAGCCCGGUGGGUACCAAGAGCAUCAACGACUGCACGUGCAAGCCUUCCUACUUUGAGCCGAACCCACCCGUCAGCCAGACCUCCGGCCCCAGCUGCGCCCCAUGUGUAGAAGGGUUCUACUGCCCCGGAGGGAGAAACUCCGUCCAGUGCCCACCGCACAGUUCCAGUGAUGCACUUGGUUCUUCUCUCCAAGACUGCUCCUGCAACCCCGGAUACUACGGAGAGCCUGAUGCCUGCCAGAAGUGCCCAGCAGGAUGGUACUGCGAGGGAGGGAAGGAGAAGAAAAUGUGCCCGGCGUCGUCGAACAGCGGGGAAGGGUCGUCGAAGCUGUCGGAGUGUAUCUGCAAUGCAGGCUUCUACGGAAGUAGCAGCACGGGCUGCCUUGUCUGUACCAUCGGCAGCUUCUGCCCUGGCGACGGGACGAGCAGCCAUCAAUUGUGGUGGCUGACAGCUGGGACAGGCUACUACAACUUUGACAGCUCAACGGGUUGCAGCAAGUGUCCGUCUGGAUCCUACUGCCUGGGAGGAUCGUCGAAAGCUGAUUGCCCCGCCCAUAGUUACAGCGGAGAGAAAAGCUCUUCUCUCCAAGACUGCUCCUGCAACCCCGGAUACUACGGAGAGCCUGAUGCCUGCCAGAAGUGCCCAGCAGGAUGGUACUGCGAGGGAGGGAAGGAGAAGAAAAUGUGCCCGGCGUCGUCGAACAGCGGGGAAGGGUCGUCGAAGCUGUCGGAGUGUAUCUGCAAUGCAGGCUUCUACGGAAGCAGCAGCACAGGAUGCAACGUCUGCACUGCUGGAAGCUAUUGUCCUGGAGACGGAAGUUCCCACGUCUGUCCAGUCCACAAGACUAGCUCGGAGGGCUCCCACGAUUGUAUCUGCAAGCCCGGCUACGUUGCCUCUGCAAAUGGAGGAUGCGACGAUUGCCCAGCAGGGAGCUUCUGCUCUGGGGACGGUCUCGCUACGCUUUGCCCUCCCGACAGCUCUGCGACGGCUGGUGCCAAGUACGCGGCCGAUUGUCACUGCAGCGGAUGGUUCUCCGUGGCUAGUGGAACAUGGCAGGAUGUUGUAGACGCGUGUGAAGCGCAAGGAGGAGUUCUGGCUUCCAUUCACAACGAGCAAGCCUGGGCAUAUGGCGAGCCCCAAGGCUUCAAGACCAAAGUUGCCAUGACUGGUACACAAGGCGAUCAAUGGGUGGACCUGGACACUGGCUCAGAUGUCAAGAAAGGAGUCUGCAAGAAGCAUGACGUGCAGCCGAAAUGCAAAGAGGGAAUGAAACCUUCAUCUCUCAACAUGAACCCUGGCUUCCUUGGCAAGUUCUACUUCAUUCACCAUGAGAUCACAAAGAUGCCCGAGGAGUACAU